UUGAUCCGCCAUCUUGGAACUCGGUGGUGUCAAAGUGCCUGUCAGGAAAACAAGACUGACUUCAGGAGUUCUCUGACAGGCACUGUGGACCACUGGACCAACGGUUCAUGAUCUGAACCGCGAUUAAUUCGACAGGAAAGAGAAGGCAAUUUUGCCAUCAUCAUCAAAGGGAAGAUAUUUCGUUGUAGUGUUGACGUGUACAAACCACUCAUUUGCAUAUGUAAACAAAGUCGAUACAUUAUGUAUCUCAAACUUUUGCUCUUGAUGAUUUAUAUUUUGAUACUGUUCGUCUUAGCUCGGAUUCUUGAGGCAGUAUCUUGGUAUGAAACCGGAUACUUGGCAAGUAAGAUCUUGGACCCCAUGGCGCUGAGCGUAAGGAAGCUGAAAUUGCUGCUAGACCAGCGAGGGGUCAGCUAUGCAGGGGUGGUGGAAAAACGGGAACUCAAAGAUUUGGUAGAUAACAUGGGUGAGGUUACAGAGGGUGAGCUGGACCAGGCCUGCAUGCAUGAUGAAACUGUUCAGGAGUCUUCAGAGGGGACAAACUUCACUUGUGGGUCUCAUUUCUAUGAACAGGUAGAGGACACUAAGGACAGUGUCUGGCUAGUGCAGGUAGUAUCGAGUGAUGAGAAACCACUUAUAGCUGAAGAUGACUGGAAACUAAUACAGACUAAGGUGUCUCGCUUUGGUGUCAGGACUGGGAAGUUUAAAUGUUCUCUAGACAGAAGUUUAUGUCAGAGAAAGUUAUGGAUGACAUCUCGUCUUGUUAUGGCUCUGCCUCAUGGCUACCGUGCAAAGGACAAUGUAAUCCUUCGAACAUACACAGGUUCAACCAAAGUACAGGCUGUAUUUGAUUGGAUAAAUCAAAUCCUGGCCACAAGAAUUAAAAGAAUCCACAACUGGACUGACUUUUCAAAUGAUUGGUACAGUUAUGAAGAUGUCAAGAAAAGAACAGAAUAUCCUGUCAGGGUUGUAUUAUAUUCAAAGACUGUGUUACCACCUAUGUUUUUUUCGGCAUUGAGUGUAAAAUUCACUGGGAGAGUUAUAUUUGGAUUAGUGGUGAAUUCUUCACUGAAACCCCCAAAUAUAUCUGAUCGUUUGAAACUAGGCGAAAAAGAACCAUUGUUACAUAUUUUGACUCCAGAAAGAAAUUAUACUUAUGGUUCAAAGUCAGGGGAAUAUUAUAAUUACAAAAGUAUGGAAUUAUUUUUGAGAACUGUUGUGCCAGAAGUAAAUGAUUUAUUUAUAUUUUUCUUAUUUAUAGUAAAUAUAUGUGGCAUGUCUAGUGUAUUUCAAAAUCAGGAUACAUUAAUAAGGCGGCUGUGGAGAUGUUUGUGGACAGUAGUUAAGUAUAACUGUUUCCUGAUAUUUUUAUGGCUUCCAAUUCUUGCAGUAUUUCAGUUCCCUUGGAUGAAAAGCAUGAGUGAAGUUGGCUUGAAAAUCAUCAGAAUAGUAAACUGCACAGAUUUUGCAGGUUUACUGAGAAAAGACUUACACUUUUACAUAUCACACAAAGCCAUAGCUGUUGUAAUUUAUUUAGUGUUGGGGUGGUGGCAGGAUGUCUGUGGAGUAAAAGGGAAUGUUGAUGACCAGCAGGCAGACACUAAUAAUAAUAAUGUACCUUGGUGGGCACCUGUUCGGUUGGACAAUUACCUCUUCCGUCCAUCCACUAGUUUGACCAGUCCGUUAAACUCACAAGUUGAUUUAGAAGAAGGAAUGGAAAUGCUUAUUGAGCGUCUGGCUGUACCAAGUUUCUGGCUUCAGCCUGUUAUUUCCAGUGACUAUGUCAAGGAUCUUCCUGUCUGGAGAUUUAAUGGAAGCUUCAACAGCUCUGGAUCAGAAGAGGAACAGACAGAUGUAGAUGUGAAGCAGGAUAUCGCACCCCAGAGCUGUGAGAAAUGUCAACUUGGAAACCUUAUUCGUCACUCCCGUGAUGAUAAUGUUCAGAAUGUUUCACCCCAUUCAGCCAGUUACAUAAUGGAUGCUAACUAUAAAUGCAUUUGUGGGCACCAGCAACCAGCACAGUCAACUCCAGAGGAGAAGUUUGUAGUAAGGUCAAAUGAUGGAGACAAAAAUAACUGUGGAGUGGAGGCAGACACCCAAUCAAAUGUGAAUAAUCGCAAAAGUCGUAGUCCUAAGAGAAACAGAAAUGGUCUUCCACCUGGUAUGUUAGAGUGCUCUGAUUGUGUGAUAUGUUUGGACAGCUACAAGAUUGGAAAUGUGCUGUGUGGCCUUCCAUGCGGUCACUCGUUUCAUGAGGAAUGUAUUAUGGUGUGGCUCUCCAGAGAUAACCAUUGCUGUCCAGUGUGUCGCUGGCCAUCUUACAGAGCCAAACCUUGCCGCCUCCAUCUACACGAAGAAUGAUUUAUUAGUAAAAAGGUCAUUAUAUUACUUGGACCAUGUUAUUAGUUUCAUUUCCUCUUGAAUGCCCGUUAUCCUCAAGCAGUGGCUGUUUAAUUUCAUUAUAGAGUUAGAACACCUAGUAAUAAUAUCCUUAGAAUUUGUUGCAAAAGUAACUUUUAUCUUUCAACAAUGAGGUAAAUCAUGUUACAGUUAGAUUUAACUGGAUGGUGGUUUAUGCUGUUAGUGCCUUUCCUCAAGUUUAGAUAAAAGAAAAAUAACAUUCUUAUUAAUGGAGAUAAAUAGUUAGUCUUAUUUUGAAAAUUUAAAAAUGGAAGUAUUUCAAGCAUCUUCAUGAACAAGGUUAUAUCUUGUACAUUUAUUUAAAUAGUUAAUAAGUUAUUGCCUGCAAGCCUUCUCAAGCAAAUGGAUAAAUAAAGUUUACCAUUUACUCAUAAUUUGUUGGCAGAACCAAUACAGAUAGCAGUGGAAAUUAAAAUUUACUGUAUUUGUAGAAAACAUGGCUUCACUUCAUUUCCUGUUUACACCAGAAAUUGACAUCUGAAUUUUUAAUUUGGUGUAUGACAAAAGAUACUUGUUGUAAUAUUCCAAAUUGUAAGUCCUAAAUAAAAUCGAAGAAAGUGCUUUAUGAAAAAAAUUAUA